GUCCUGCCAGUGGGCAGAGGCUUGAGGUUAAGAGGGCCAUUGUUAAUUUGAUUGGAUGGAGCCUGAUUCAUGUUUUUUAAGGCACUGAAGUCCAGAUGCUUUUUUUUGUCUUCCUAAGUGUGAGCUCCACUAGGCCACGCCCCCUCCGUUGCAACUUGUCCAACCCAUUAUUACAAUUUCUUUUAGACUUAUUAGUUUCUUUUACACAAUUACAGAAGACCAUGAGGUAAAUUAUGAAUAAUGGUGGUGAAAUAGUGAUAGAAUUUACAUAAGUUCUGGUAAUGUAAUGUGCAGCCUACUGGAUUAGAGAGAUUUGUCAGCCAUAUGAAUAUUUUUUUCUUCCCCCUUCCCUUCUCCAUAACCCAGAAAUUGCUUUUGGUCCUGUGCAAAAAGUGAAACAUCCUACUACCUUCAUCUUGGAACAGGGAAAGGAAUUACUUACAAUCAAUAAUGCAUUUAAAACACUCACUUUAGUUCUAUGUUUAACUCCUGUGGUGGCUUUGUUUCUGAAGACCCAUGCAUGCUGAUUGCCUAACAGGAAGCUAACUGAACUGUGUACACCCUGUUCUGUCUGUCUGUGUGCACGAGGGAGAGGCUAAGGUAAUGAUUGCUGUGGGUGGAAUUUGUGAUGGUAGCAGUGUAUUACUCUGCUCUGUGGGAGACUGCAGCAAUGGAGCUCACUCUACAGAGGGAGGCGUGGCCCCGUUGAUAGCUCACCCAGCCAGCUAUGCAGAGGGAGGCGUGGCCCCGUUGAUAGCCCAACCAGCAUUCCCUCCCAGCCGGCUCUGCAGCAACAUGCCUAAUGUUUCACCUCCAAACAGUGUUUCGGCAGCACAUAAUCCAGUCAGCUAAGCCCUCGCACAACUCCUAAGAUUUCACGUGCAUCUCAUGAUCUGUAUCUGGAAUUUCUGAGCUUUUAAAAUGACAAUUGGGCAAAUACCCCAUUAAACAAAAAUGAAAACUUUUAUGGCCAUUCCAGUUAUGUGGCUACAUAGUAUAUUACUUAAAUUACUUGCUUAAAAAGAGCAAAUCAUGGAGCAAGUGGGAGUUUCUCAAUAGCUCUGUGUGGGGUCUUACAUGAGAUUUUCCAACCAAUCAGGAUCCAGAAGGUCUGUUGGUUCAAACUGGUCAUGUAGGGAGGUCAGAGUAAUGUCCACGCUUCACCACAAAAGACUGUCUGGCAAAGGGGAAAGCAGCGCAGGGACCAGGUGAGAGGAGGAGAAUGGGCACCACAGAUAAACACACUGUCAUGGAUGAGUCUGGGGACUGGCCUGCUGAGCUACACUUCCAUAAAAUACGCCAUGGAAGGGUGAGAAAAAGUUGGCAGUCUGGUGAGGUUUCUCCAGUACCGUCCUUCUACUCCGAGCCUGCUUCAGUCUGGAAGCGCAGGGAUGUGACUGGCAGGCCACGCCCUCUUGUUAGAGGGCCUCAUGAGGAGGAUGAGGAGGACACUCAAAGUUUGAAGAGCCUGCCAACUGUGAUGAACACAUUAGCCUUUGACCCUAAGGUCAAAAAGUCACAUAGACUGUCCAGGGGACAAGUCAUCACUGAACUCAGCCUUCCACCACUUGUCACUUCAAGAUGUACUCUGGCUGUAAAAGGUUCUGCAUAUACUAGAGUUAGGGACUUCCUCCCUGCCGUCAAAUCGAAGAGUGUGGAGAGGCCGCCAUGCCGAGCUUGGCACAGGCCAGAUAAUCCCUAUACUGGUCUCAGUCAACACCCUCACACAGUGGGUCAUCCCUCGAAUGCCCCUGCCUGGGAGAAUGACCAUUCAGGAAAGAUGGCAGUUACCGGAGGAAGCUGCCCGUAUCAGCCUUUAGCCCUGCGACCCCGCAUGUCCCUGGCGCCCCGCAUCACCCCUCAGAGAGUAGUGGUACAGACCAUCCACCCUAUUACUCCCAGCACUAUGGAAGAGACCAAGAAGACUGGGGGAGCCCACCAACCCUUGAGGCCUGUGCUGACCACCUCCCAGGAGCCAAAGCACGGAGCUCUGCAGCGUCUGCUGGACGAGGGCUAUCUACCCCGGGUGGGGGACCCUCACCUGCUGGAACCAUUCUCCGGCUUCCAGGAGCACCUGUGCCGCCAACUCCUGAACUCGCCGCUGCCAUGCGGCGCAGCUCUGUCGAGGAGCCGUCCUCCUUUUCUCCUGUGGCCCGCUGACCACCUUCACGCGGGGGCAGCUCUGCCUGAGCCCCAGGCUCGGGGCACUUCGCGAACCGUGGAGCUUUGCAAUUCCCGGGGGAGGCGGCUUCCAAGGAUCACCAUGACCUGUCCCACACCUUCACCCAAACACCUGCACCACUCAGGCAGGAGGCACAUGGCAUGAGUAGAGGCAGGUCACUGGUAGAUAAUUACACCUUCCUUUGUGUAGUGACCUAGAUAUGUUAAUCAAGUUACCCCUGAGAUUAAAGCAUCUUAAAUUUUCUCUCCCCUGCACCAGUUAUGUGGGGAAAGCAAAGCAAUGAAUAAUCAUGCAACUCCACACACAGAAGCAUUAAAACUGUGUGUCCGAGUUCCACCCACUUGUUUGGGGAAUUUGUGAUCGAAGUAACAAAGAGCGGCAAGUGAGUGCUCCACUGAGAGGGCCCGGGGUGGCCUCGCGCCUCCAAGCCUCUCCUAGGUAGCACGCUCCUGCAGCCCCGGCUGGUCCCUCAACUGUGUCGCUACAGGAGCCUUCAAGGCUGCAGUGUGUUGCAGUCAAUACCAAACACGACUGUAGUUGUUUUUCUCUCUUCUCCCAGCACUGUCGAUACUGCCUGUUGAGUCAGGUCCAACAUACCGACCCACCCAGGGGCUGAUGAUAUAACCAGUGUGUACAGUGGACGGCCUGUUCAUGACACCAGUGCACUGGAGAUUUUAUUUCUGACCAAGGCUUUCUAAUGAGCCUGGAACAUACUUUCAAUUGUCAUGUUGAGAAAAUUAUCAAAAUUAUAUAAAUUGUCAUGCUGGUGAUUACUAGUUGCAAAUACACUAUUCAUAAAUAUGCUGAGCUCUGUAGUAAGUCAUUGUCUAAUUGUGUGUUAUUUACACUGAUAAAAUUGGAGAUUAUGGGGUUUGUUUAUUUUGUGGUGUUGUUUUUUUUGUUUAGAUUUUGACGUUUUGCUCUGUGAGUAAAUAAAA